AUGGGAGAACCGGCGGAGCAAAUACGUGGCUUCCACGUGAACACCACUAGGGAGCAGCUCAUCACGGUGGCUCUUCCCGUUCACGACCACUGGCUCCCUCUCUCAAACCUCGACCUCCUCCUUCCUCCUGUCAACGUCAGCGUUUGCUUCUGCUACAAGAAACCGCAUAACAUCACUAAUUCAGUGGCUCAUACCCUCAAGACGGCUUUAGCGAAGACUCUAGUCCCCUACUACGCUUUUGCCGGCGAGAUUGUCCUUAAUACCGCCGGAGAACCUGAGAUUCUCUGUAACUACCGCGGUGUAAAUUUCGUGGAGGCUGAUGCUGACGUGGACCUCCGAGAGCUUAACCUCUAUGAUCCUGAUGAAAGUAUUGCCAAGCUUGUUCCCACCUUAGAACACGGAGUCAUAGCGAUUCAGGUGACUGAACUGAAAUGUGGGAGCAUAGUUGUGGGAUGCACAUUUGAUCAUCGUGUUGCAGAUGCGUAUUCCAUGAACAUGUUCCUUGUAUCGUGGGCCGAGUUCUCUCGAUCAAAUGUACCAAUCUCUAACGUACCAUCGUUUCCAAGAUCUUUGUUAAACCCUAGACGACCAUUAAUGGUCAUGGAUACAUCUAUAGACCAGAUGUAUAUACCUGUCACGUCCUUGCCCCUUCCCCAAGAAACCACCAAUCCAGACAGUAUCCUCGCGAGCCGUCUCUGUUAUAUCAAAGCGGAUAACCUAGUCAAGCUUCAAACCCUAGCUAGCGGCUUAAAACGUAGGACGAAACUUGAAUCGUUCAGUGCGUUUCUAUGGAAACUCGUGGCCAAACACGCUGCAACAGAUCCAGUUGGAGUCCCGGCCAAGAACGCGAAACUAGGGAUCGUUGUGGACGGAAGGAGAAAACUUAUAGAGAAAGAAAGAAAAACUUACUUCGGAAAUGUACUCUCAAUCCCAUUUGGUGCACAAAAAAUCGAUGACUUGAUCAGCAAGCCAUUGUCUUGGGUGGCCGAAGAGGUUCACAAGUUCUUGGAUAGUUUUGUGACCAAAGCACAUUUCUUGAACUUGGUUGAUUGGGUUGAGACACACCGUCCAACACCUGCGGUUUCAAGAAUCUACAGCACCGGGUCAGACGAUGGACCCGCCUUUGUGGUGUCUUCAGGGAGGGAUUUUCCGGUCAGCCAAGUGGAUUUCGGGUGGGGCUCGCCGGUUUUCGGAUCUUAUCAUUUCCCAUGGGGAGGUAAUACAGGAUAUGUGAUGCCUAUGCCGAGUCCGGUGGUGGACGGAGACUGGAUGGUUUACUUGCACCUCACGAAAGGACAGUUGAAGUUUAUUGAGGAAGACGAUUCUCAAGUGCUUAAACCUAUUGACAAUAAUUACCUCCAGAUUUAA